AAACCCGAGAGAAUUCAAGAAGAAGAAGCAAAGUAAGCGAUUUUGUUAAGACUCAAGGGUGGGCAGCAGAAAGUGAAGUGCAGAAGAAACAACGACUCCAAAGAGAGAGUGGCGAGGAGAGAAGAGAAGACAAGAUCUGCGAAAACAACAAGAAGAAGAAGAUGAGCGGCGCUGCCACUGUUUCUGCGAGCGAAGCCCACAAGUUGGUUUGGGAAGGCUCCGUCCCUCUUCUCAUUCAUCUCCAUGAUUCCGAAGUCACCACUCUCCCUCCCCCUCCACCCGCUCUCGUGUUGGCACCUCGGUUAGGGUACUUGCCAUUGUUGAUUUCUGAAUUGAAGCCUUAUUUCAGCAGCACGCUUCCUCCUGGAGUUGAUACGCUUUGGUUUGAGUACAGAGGACUUCCUCUCAAAUGGUAUAUACCAACUGGAGUUCUUUUUGAUCUACUAUGUGUGGAACCAGAAAGGCCGUGGAAUUUAACAGUACACUUUAGAGGAUAUCCUAGUAAUUUGUUGCUUCCUUGUGAAGGUGAAGACAGUGUAAAGUGGAGCUUUAUUAACUCACUAAAAGAGGCUGCAUAUGUAACAAAAGGGAACUGCAAGAAUGUCAUGAACAUGUCCCAAUCUGAUCAGGUGGAGCUCUGGCGCUCUGUGUUAAAUGGUAAUUUGGAAUCUUAUCAGCGGGUGUCAUCUAAGCUUAAGCUUGGAACUUUUGAAGAUGAAUAUACUGAAAAUAUUAGUGCAGUCUCAACUGCGUCUCAGCAAAAUAGUGGGGAGGCAGAUGCUGCUGCACAAGUGAAGAGUGGAAGGAUUCCUGUUCGGUUAUAUGUAUGGACUGUCACUGAGGACUUUGAUGAUUUAGAAAGUGCACCUCAAAUUGAUAAUUGGGACAAAGUCCAUUCUUUUGGUGCAGGCAAAUACUUCAGCUUAAAUGAUGCAAUCAAAUCCCUUCUUCCCGAGUAUUUUCCAGGAAGUUCCUUUGACAAUUUAGGAGAUGCAAGCACCAAGCAAAGUGUAGGAGAUGAGCGAGAAAAUACAUGUGAUCCUGACUCAUCUUCCCUUCCUCUCGAGAAUGCCGAAAUCAAGCUCGUGCGCAUUCAAGGCAUAGAACCAUGUUUGGAGAUACCCUUUUCUUGGGUAGUUAACAACUUAAUGAACCCUGAGUAUUUUCUUCACAUCUGUGUUUGCUUGAAAGUUUCAGAAGCCAAUGCAUUGCAAUAGGUUUUGAAUUUAGUUGUGCUAGGAAAUAUAAUUACUGGAAAAAUCAGAAAGUUACAAUUCUUUUGUACAUAAUUGUACAGAACCAAAUUAUAUUCAUUUCACAAUUCGUUUGGUUUUUUCUA